AUCAAAAUCCUGAAGAGUUUCAAACGGAAUGCUAUAAGUUUGAUAAAGAGAUAUCCAAUAUAAAUUCAGCCGGUGAAACUGAUUAUGCAGGAGAUACCUGCUCUGGCGAAAUAUUUCUAUCAAGUGCUAGCGAAUUAAAAGAAGACAGUGUUGAUGAGUUAAAAUGUGAGAAUGUUGGCGGAUCGUAUAAAGAUGGUAACUUUGGGUCAAAGGCGGACACCGAUUUAGAUACUAUAGAUCGAGUAAAUGAAUUAUUUUGUAAUCUUAGAGGGGUUAAUGGAUAA